AUGUUUUGUCUUCCAAUGGAAUCACUUGAAACCAACAGCUACUGGGGCGACAUUUUGCACAUUGACCGGCAUAUAUUUAACGGAGUUUAUCACGUUAUUAUAAUCGCCAUUGGAAGGGUAUUGAAGGUUGUCAGGAGUUCCACAAGAGUCGGUAAGGUAGAAGAAAAAGAAGGCAUACCUCCACCACAGCAACGACUGAUUUUUGCUGGAAAGCAAAUGAAUGAUGAGAAAACAGCACAAGAUUACAAAGUUGCUGGCGGAUCAGUUCUUCACUUGGUGCUUGCAUUGCGUGGUGGUGCCUAG